AUGGCAAGAGCGCUCUUGAUCUCUACUAUCGCUGCCACCGCUCUGCUGCUUCCCUGGUGCCGUGGCGCUAGUCCACCGUAUCCAGAACUGAACCCAGCCCUGAGCAAGUACCAGGACGCCACGAAAUGUUUACCAAUUCAAGAGACGUGGUACACGAUCUACAGAAACUACGAGAAUGAUCCAGCAUUUGGAGGUACCGAAAAAUGUGGCCGAUUUACUAGCCUUGGUCCUGGAGAAAACGGAUCCUUUCCAAUGUUAAUCCAAUAUGGGCAGAGUUCAGUCAAAGUAUUAUCAACCCCAGCGGCAUCUGACGGAUACGACGUGCAAAAUCUGAAAUACUUUCAAGCCGUUGGCGAAAAUGUUUCACUGCUUGUGUACGUUGCCUACGUAGACUGUCAGCAGUGUAUUGUGUUCAGAAACAGCUACAUCAAUGAUGAGGCGUGCACUCUCCUCCUCCCUGCGAGCGGCCUGGAAAAGAACGCGACGUGCUGCGAUUUCAUCUUCGAUCUCCUCUGCGGCACAAAGCAGAAGUUUUACACCUAUGACGACAGUUGCCCAGAUUGA